GUGGAGCGUUUGCCAUCGGCAAAAAACAAAAAUCAUUUAAAACAUAAUAAUAAUUGCAUUUACCUUUUUAUAUUAUCUAAAAAAGUUGUCUCGUAAACACAUCUUUGCCAAAUUCACACAGUUCGAAUAACAAUUAAAUCGUAUACGUAAAAAUUUUUUGCAAACAAUCAUGAACAAUUCUUUUUUGGUAAUUUUUUCACUACUAAUUGUUUACUGUUAUGGAUUUCCCGAUGGUGCUCCCGUAGAUGUUUGUGUUAAACCAAAACCCAAUCAACCAUAUCAUGGACAAGCACAACCUCAACCGCCAGGUACAAGUCCUUAUGCUGUUGUAGCUUCGUCAAGUGAUUAUGGUCCUGGAGCAGAAAUUACUGUUACAAUUCAUGGUGCGGUCUUCAAAGGUUUCUUUAUCCAAGCUCGUGAUGUUGCCACAAAUCAAUGGAUUGGCGAAUUUGCACAAACGCCAAACACUAAAGCCCAUCCAGAAUGUAGUUCAAUUACCCAUGCCGAUCCAAAGGAUAAACAACAAGCCACGUUAGUAUGGAAAGCGCCAGCUAAUUCACAGGGUGGCAAAGUUUAUUUCACUGGAACCGUUUUACGGGAUUAUGGUACAUUCUGGUCUGGACUGAUUGCAGAUGUAGGUCGAAAAUGAAAAAAAA